CGCAACGCAGCGUUUCGUCGCGACAACCCUCCUCGACGUUCCCUCAACACCGACCUUCACAUGACUGGGUAACUUGGCUGCUACCCAACAUGAGGUCGUUUUCUCUCUUCACGAGCGCCAUUGCGGCAUUGGCCAGCUUCGCCAGCGCCGAAUCCAACCUUUCGGAACCGCUGCGGUCGAAGCUGCUGCUGCCCAGCACAUUCAAGCCUCCGCAGGUCUUCAAGAAUGCCAACCUGGUCAGGACUACCAAUUUGGACAAAGCAUACCCCCGGGAGACGGUCAACAUUCUCAUCGAGAACAUUGACGCGAAGCCGCAGUCAGAGUACUAUGUGCCGUUCGACACGAGCCUGUUGUCGAGGAUCGGAGGGUUCGAAGUGAGAGACAAGAAGAAGGCAGAAGCAGGCACGUUCAGCGUCCAGGUCGUCGGCCUCGACCAGGACAGCACAACCGAAUACUACCGCGUCCACCUGCCUGAGCCCCUCGCACCCGGCGCCCAGCAGACCCUCAGCAUCUCCUACUCCAUCCUCUCGGCGCUCAAGCCCAUGCCCGCCGAGCUCCCGCAGAUGGCAAAGCAGUACCUGCAGUACACAUUUAGCGCGUACGCGCCCUCGGCCUACCCCGUCGACAAGCAGCGCACCAAAGUCAAGUUCCCCAACGCCGACGUCACAGACUACACCACGCUGCCCGCUGAGCUCAACGACGAGCAAAAGUCCGACCCGCAGAAGCAGGGCUCGACAUUCACAUACGGCGCGUACGCCAACGUGCCCGCCGGCGCUCAGCAGCCUGUCAGCGUGCGCUACGAGUUCACAAAGCCUGUCAUCCAGUCCACCCUGCUGGAGCGCGACAUCGAAGUGUCGCACUGGGGCGGCAAUCUCGCCACCGAGGAGCGCUACUGGCUCGUCAACGAGGGCGCCGGGCUGAAGAACCACUUCUCGCGCGUCGACUGGCAGAAGCAGUCGUACAUGAACCCGGCCACAUUCGCGCUGAAGGCGCUCAACCUGCCCCUCGCCCCGGGCGCAGUAGACCCGUACUUCACCGACGACAUCGGCAACGUGUCGACGUCGCGCUUCCGCCCAGGCAAGAAGGAGAACCUGCUAGAGCUGAAGCCGCGCUACCCAGUCUUCGGCACCUGGAAGUACAGCUUCCGCGUGGGCUGGAACGCGGACCUAUCGAGCUACCUGCGAAAGCUAGCCACGGGCGACGGGUACGCGCUCAAGGUGCCGUUCCUCGAGGGCCCGCGCGCGCCCGAGGGCCUGAGCUACGGCCGCGUGGUGCUGCGCGUCAUCCUGCCCGAGGGCGCUACCAAUGUGCGCUUCCAGACCAGCGUGCCUCUGAUUGCGGACGAUAUCUCGCUGCACAAGACCUUCAUGGACACGCUGGGCCGCACCGCGCUGACGCUGACGGCGACCAAUCUGGUUGAUGAUUUCAGAGACAGGGAGCUGAUCGUCACGUACGACUACCCCUGGACCGCGGGGUACAGGAAGCCCAUUGUCAUCACGCUUGGUGCGUUUGCCGUGUUCGCCUUUGUGUGGGCGGUGGGCAGCAUCGACACGUCGAUUGGCAAGAAGAAGACGGCGUAGAGAGAUGGCUGACGCAGCGCAGAAGAGGGGGUGGAGAUGAGUGGGAGUAGACAGGGCGCGGAGCCGAAAAGUCUGGCGUCAGUGGCAGGUACCCAAUAUCCAGUCGAGUUUGUGUUAGCAAGCAUGUAGAACAAUGUGAUGAUUUCCAGUCUAC